AUGCCGCCCGACAAGAAGGCAAGAACAUCUGGGCUAACGCGCUACUACCUCGGCCAGUUCAUCUCCUCCCGAGGUAAUGAGUACUUCUGCGAGAUCGACGAGGAGUAUCUCACUGAUAGGUUCAACCUCACGGGCCUGAACACCGAAGUCCAAUACUAUCAGUAUGCGCUCGACCUGAUCACCGACGUCUUCGACCUCGACUGCGACGAUGACAUGCGCGAGGCCAUCGAGAAGUCUGCGCGCCACCUGUACGGCCUUGUCCACGCCCGAUACAUUGUCACGACUAGGGGUCUGGCAAAGAUGCUCGAGAAGUACAAGAAGGCAGACUUCGGCAAAUGCCCUCGCGUCCACUGCAACUCGCACCCCCUCCUGCCCGUCGGCCUGACCGACGUCCCCAACCAGAAGCCCGUCAAGCUCUGGUGCGCCCGCUGCGAGGACCUCUACAACCCAAAGUCGAGCCGCCACGCUACCAUCGACGGCGCCUACUUCGGCACCUCCUUCGCCCAGAUCCUCUUCCAGGUCUACCCCUCGCUGACGCCCACCAAGUCCACCGAACGCCACACGCCCCGGUGCUACGGCUUCAAGGUCCAUGCCUCGGCCGCCCUCGAGCGCUGGCAGGAUGAGCAGCGCGACACAAUGCGCCGCCGCCUCAAGCGCCAGGAGGUCGAGCCCGGCUUCAAGGACGACGGCGACGUCGAUGACGAUGACGACGAAGAGGACGAGGACGAGGAUGAGGAGGUUGAGUUCCAGGAGGGUGGCGCCGGCGCCGGUGCCGCGCAGGCCGAGGCGGGUGCCCAACGCGUGGCAGGCUAG